UUUCGAAUUUGAAGAAAAUAAAUGCUUUGCCUAAAAUAAAAAUAUCAAUUUUCUUUCCCUCGCACAUAGAAAUGGGACGGAAUCAAAAUUUUAACCUUUUUAAUGAAAUGGGACGGAAUCCGUUGGAUUACUGGUCCGGUUAAAACAGCGAGUGAGGUAAUCUAGUUUUUAAUAGAUGCUGUUAAGCUUAAAUGGAAAAAAAAUAAUCACCAAUUAGAAUUGGAGUAAAAGCAAAUGAUUUAUUGGAAGUUUCCAUGGGCAGAGGUAAGACGAUAUUUAUGAGCGACAUUUUUAGCUUUCUAGCGAUCGAUCGGAAAAAGUAAUCUUUCCAACGGAACACCUCUUGGCUGUAAAUUUUACCAUGGAAAUUGCAAACGCCACGGAGAACGGUUCGGCCCAGACUCAGCCUCCCACCACCACCGCCCAAAACCCUUCAGAAGCAGCUCCCCUUAAUCCUGCAAUAGAGAAGUGGGCCGGAUGGCCAGGCCACUGCGUGUUUCGGCUGAUUGUGCCAGUUUUGAAAGUGGGGAGCAUAAUUGGCCGCAAAGGGGAGCUCAUUAAGAAGAUGUGCGAGGAAACCCGCGCUCGCAUCCGCGUCCUUGAUGGCGCUCUUGGCACUGCUGAUCGCAUUGUGCUAGUAUCUGGGAAGGAAGAACCAGAGGCACUUCUUUCCCCUGCGAUGGAUGCUGCUCUAAGAGUUUUCAAACGCAUCUCUGGGUUACCUGAUAACGAAAGGGAUGCUAAAGCAGCUGGAGCUGCAUUUUGUUCAAUCCGUUUGCUGGUAGCAUAUGCACAAGCAAUUAAUUUAAUUGGAAAACAGGGCUCUGUAAUCAAGUCAUUACAAGAGAGCACAGGUGCAUCUGUGAGGGUGUUGCCAGCAGAUGAAUUGCCAUCUUAUGCGGCAGCAUAUGAGAGGAUUGUGGAGUUGCAGGGAGAAGCCCUGAAGGUUCUUAAAGCUCUUGAAGAAGUGGUGGGGCACCUGAGAAAAUUUUUGGUUGAUCACAGUGUUCUUCCUCUUUUUGAAAAAAUGGAUCUUCAAGCAGAGACUCGGGCUGAAAAGUCGUCUCUGCUUACGGCUUCUCAAAGUGGAAUUGGUAUCGAUCUUCCUGUUACAGCAAGAGGGGAUUCUUUGUUCCUUGAACAUGAAACACAGUUGGAGUCACGAAUUCCAUCUUCUGGAAUUUCUUUCUAUACACAGGAUCCCACGCUUUCGGCAAUAUAUUCUUCUUCUGGACUUGUUCGAUCUGUUGUUCCUAUUGUCACACAGAUUGCUCAAACAAUGCAAAUACCAUUUUCUUAUGCCGAGGACAUCAUUGGGAUAGGAGGAGCUAAUAUUGCACAUAUUCGCUGCACUAGUGGAGCUGUCAUAACUGUGCAAGAGAGUAGGGGCAUGUCUGAUGAAAUAACUGUGGAAAUUAAAGGUACCUCAACACAGGUUCAGUUGGCUCAACAACUGAUUCAGGAUUUUAUGAGCAAUCACAAAGAUCCGGUAACUAGCGGCGACUAUGGAGACUCAAGUUAUAGGUCCUCGUACUCUCAGAUGGGGAGCACAUCUUCACUAUCAACGCAACCCUAUGGCGGAUAUGGGGGAUCUUCUUCAAAUGUAGGUGGCUACCCUACUUUUAGGCUUUAAGGUCUUAUUCUAUCUGAGUGAUUUCGGGAUUGAGCUUGAGAUAGAGAAUGGUAGGCAUAGGAGUGCAGGAUUAGUCAGUUUGUGAGUGUUAGAAUAGAAUUUUUGUUGGGGGAGUAUUAUAAGUAAAAUUACUAGAGUUAUCACAUAUUCGUGCUUUCUUCUUCAUUCGAAGUAACGUUGAUACCAUAUGGGAGAAAGAUUGAAGAAAUAGAGUUUCAAUUCAAGCAGUUUGAGGCUGCGUAGAAGAUGAUUGGUAUAAACCAGUGGACACAUGUUUCUUAGUAUUAAGAUUUUUAGCUGAAAUAAUUAUAUACCACUCACUCAGUUAAUCAUUAA